AUUGUUUGGUUUGGCACGACAUCCGCCGCGGCAUAGCAGAUCUCUAUUCCGAAUCGCGAUCAUCAUAUCAUGGUGAAUGCAACCAAAGGCGUCUUUAUUUCCUGUGACAUACCAAUGGCUCAAUUUAUCAUUAAAAUGAAUGCUUCAUUCCCUACAUCCGACAAAUUCAUAAUACAUAUAUUGGAUAGUACUCACAUGUUUGUUCAACCCCAUGUCGAGCAAAUGAUUCGAAGUCAAAUUGCUAAGUUUCGAGAGGACAACACAUAUGUCAAACCUUCUUGAUUCAUUUAUAUUAGUUUUUAAUUUUAUUUCUGUUCUAUUAUAUGUAUGAAAACACUCUUCCUUUUACAUUGAGAGUGAUUCGCCAUUUGAAAAAUGAUUGAUUAUGUGGUGCGCUGUACCUUACACAAGAA